UUUGGAAUUAAUUUGUUAUAUAAUCUUAUUUUUUUCAAAUUUUCUAUUUUACUAGUGAAACUCAUUACUUUUUAUGAAUCAUCUCCCCUUGGGGCUUGGGCCGUGACUCGUGAGAGCCUUGCCUUAGCCACUUGACGGGUAUUCUCAUCACCAUCAAAAAAUAAAGUUGGAAAGUUGGAAUCGCAGAAGAUCGAUGGUGCCCAAAUGUGGCGUUUCGUCCAAUGAUGUUCAACUCUUUCAGUUCUUCUCUGGCAUUCAACAAAUUGCUCAGACUCUCCAUUUUAAGGCAUGGUUUUUAGAUCAGUUUGGAGUUCUUCAUGAUGGAAAAAAGCCAUACCCAGGUGCUAUUUCAACAGUGGAAAUGCUAGCAAAAACUGGGGCUAAGAUGGUUAUUAUAAGUAACUCAUCAAGAAGAGCAUCUGUAACAAGUGAGAAAAUGAGAAACCUAGGAUUUGAUCCUUCUCUUUUUCUAGGUUCCAUCACCAGUGGAGAAUUGACGCAUCAAUACCUGGAAAGGAGAGAUGAUCCUUGGUUUGCAGCACUUGGAAGGUCAUGCAUCCACUUAACUUGGAGUGACCGGGGUGCAAUUUCUCUUGAUGGUCUAGACCUGAAAGUUGUGGAUAAGGUAGAAGAAGCUGAAUUUAUAUUGGCCCAUGGCACUGAAGCACUGGGACUUUCUUCUGGAUCUGUUAUUCCGAAAAAACUGGAGGAAAUUGAAAAGAUUUUGGAACAAUGUGCGCUAAGAAAAAUCCCCAUGGUGGUGGCCAAUCCUGAUUAUGUGACUGUUGAAGCCAGAGCUCUUCGAGUUAUGCCUGGAACUCUAGCAGCAAAAUAUGAACAACUUGGCGGAGAAGUCAAAUGGAUGGGAAAGCCUGGAAAGAUAAUGUAUGAAUCCGCCAUGGCAAUGGCAGGAUUUGAUUCUACGGAAUGCAUUGCUGUAGGAGAUUCACUGCACCAUGACAUAAAGGGCGCAAAUCUAGCAGGAAUACAGUCUGCAUUUAUUACCGGAGGCAUCCAUGCUGAUGAACUUGGACUCGAUCAAUUUUAUCAAGUAGCUGAAGCAUCAAAUGUAGAAGAUCUUGCAACAAAAUGUGGUGCUUAUCCAACUUUUGUCUUGCCUGCUUUCGAAUGGUAGGAGCGCGACAGCCACAGAAGAACGAGUAUUUAUCGGAUCAUUGAUUAGGUUCGUUGUGAUUAUGAAGCUACUUGAAUGUUAUGAAUUCCUUUUUUGGUGGGAAAUGAGGAAAAUGCUCGAUUGUUGAGAUGAUUUGUGUAAAUAAUGACAUUGCCCUAGUACUUUGAUUCAUCUUUUUACAUAAGACACAUUUACAAGUAAUAAGGAUGACAAAAACGAAUGAACAAGUUCGAUACCUCUUUCGUCA